CCGGCUGGUGGGCUGGGCUGCUCAAGUGGCUUCCUCCAACCACCUCCUCUCCUCCCUCCCCUCAGUGCGGACCUCCGAGGGGGCCCGGGAGGGAGGCAGCAAGCCGCUCCCGGGGAUGGCGCAGGGUCAGCAGCUAAAGCCUCGAGGACAGGGGUGCUCCUAUUCAGGCGGGAGCCUGCAAGGGAGAAUGAGUGCCACAUCAGUCACAAGUUGUGCUGUGCCACCAGCACUUGGGCCCGAACAAGAGGAUCAAGAGUGCUCCGAGACACACAUGUCUGUUUUGUGGUAUGCAGGGCAGCUUGCAAUUACUUACUAUGACACAGAAGAUUGCUCAGUCUACUUCAUGACCGAUACACCUGAUAAUGAAGAUCUCAAGCUACUGUAUAAAGUUAUUGAGGAAGUUAAUCCUCAAUGCAUAGUGACCAGUGCAAAACAAGACCAGAAUAUUGCUAAAUUCCUGACCAACAUAACAGCUACUGCUGGUGAUAACAGAGGAAAACCUGAAAUUGUCCUGUUUCCUAACAUAGAUUUUGGCCUAGAAGUCAGCAAGCAACGGAUCCUAUCUAGGCAGUUUCCAUUUAUCCCAUCUCAUAUGAGUGCAAGAGAGAAAAUUCUCUACUUGUCCUCAGUCAUCCCUUUUGAGAGCCCACUCAUGAUACGAGCCCUAGGGGGACUCCUUAAGUUCCUAGACAGGAGAAGGGUUGGAGUUGAGCUUGAAGAAAGCAGUAUUGCAGUUCCUAUUUUGGCCUUUAAAAGGUUUGUGCUGUCAGAUAUUGUGAGUAUGGACCAAGAUACUUACUGCGUCCUGCAGAUAUUUAAAAGUGAUAUCCAUCCUUCUGUGUACAAGCUGUCCAGUGGAUUAAAAGAAGGAUUCAGUUUAUAUGGAAUUUUAAACCGUUGCAGGUGCAAAUGGGGAGAAAAACUGCUGAGGCUGUGGCUCACAAGACCUACUCGGAACCUGACAGAGCUGAACAAACGGCUGGAUGUUAUCCACUUCUUCCUGCUGGCUCAGAACCAUGAAACAGUCCUCACUCUUCAAGGUUGCCUCAAGAAUAUUAAAAAUGUGCCUCUUAUUCUAAAAAGAAUGAUUCUUUCCAACACUAAAGUCAGUGACUGGCAAGCACUCUACAAGACAGCAUACAGCGCAGUGUGCCUUAGAGACACGUGUCGUUCCCUGCCCAAUACUAUUGAACUCUUUCAGACUAUUUCACGUGUCUUCACUGAUGAUCUGAACUACAUUGCUAAUCUAAUCAGCAAAGUGGUGGACUUUGAAGGCAGCAUCUCAGAGAAUCGCUUCACUGUUAGACCCAACGUGGACCCCACCAUCGAUGCGAAAAAACGAAAGCUGUCAGGACUGUCCGACUUCCUUACAGAAGUAGCUCGAAAAGAACUGGAGACCUUGGACAAUCAUAUUCCUUCCUGUUGUGUGAUCUACAUUCCAUUGAUUGGGUUCCUUCUCUCCAUUCCACGGCUACCAAAUAUGGUGGAUAAGAGUGACUUCGAAAUAGAAGGUUUGGACUUCAUGUUCUUGUCAGAGGAUAAACUGCACUACAGAAGUGCUAGGACUAAGGAGCUAGACAGCCUGCUGGGUGACUUGCACUGUGAGAUCAGAGACCAGGAAACACUUAUUAUGCACCAGCUGCAGACAAAGAUCUUGGAGAAGUCAGAAGUGCUUAACAGUGUGAUUGAGUACACUGCACACUUAGAUGUACUACUCGCUUUGGCAGUGAUGGCCCGGGAGAACGCCUAUUGCCGGCCACACUUUACUCACCGCCAUGGCUUCCACAUCAAGGAUGGGAGACAUCCACUCAUGGAACUAUGUGCCAAGACUUUUGUGGCCAAUCCUGCGAACAGUGGUGAGGCUACCAGGCGAAUAAAGAUUAUCACAGGGCCCAACUCAUCUGGAAAGAGCAUCUACCUAAAGCAAGUAGGUCUUAUAGUAUUCAUGGCUCUAAUUGGCAGUUAUGUCCCUGCAGCAGAGGCAGAAAUUGGAGUGAUUGAUGGGAUUUACACAAGAAUCCACAGCAGGGAAUCAGUUUCUGUAGGAUUAUCCACUUUUAUGAUUGACCUUAACCAGGUUGCCAAGGCAGUAAACAAUGCCACAGAAAGAUCCUUGGUACUUAUUGAUGAAUUUGGUAAAGGGACCAACACAAUGGAUGGCCUGUCCCUUCUGGCUGCUGUCCUGAGAUACUGGACCAGUCAAGGAACACAGUGCCCGCAGGUCUUUGUCUCCACUAAUUUUCACAGUUUAAUGCAGCUAGAACUCCUGCCUGACACACCUCUUCUGGAGUAUCUGACCAUGGAGACUCACCAAGAGGGAGAUGAAUUGAUAUUUUUCUAUCAGAUCAAACAGGGCAAGUCCACUGUUAGUCAUGCUGCAAACAUUGCUGCAUUAGCAGGAAUGCCAGCCAAAAUUAUUGAAAGAGGAGUGGAAGUGGCGGAACUAAUUCGCAAUGGGAAAGCUAUCAAACGUAUUGAUCAUCCUUCAAAAGGCGAUCGGAUGGAAAAAUGCAGGUCUGUUGUGGAAAAGUUCCUUCACCUAGACCUUGAUGAUCCCAAUGUGGACUUAGAAGACUUCAUGCGUAAAGAGGUGCUGCCUUUUGCAGCUUCAGUCCUGUAA